AUGUCGACUCGCCGCUAUCGUUCGGCUAUUGCGUGUCAAACCUGCCGAGUGCGCAAGGUGCGAUGUAGCGUGUCCAUGACCGGCGUGCCGUGUAUUAGUUGCGAGCAGGACCAAACGGAAUGCAUCCUGAAGCCAAGACAGGGCAAACGCCACUCGUCCCACAACCAUCGGGAGACCACUACUGUGUUCCCGACUUCCCGUCACUAUGUCGAAAGCUCGGCAACGCGGGAUACCGCUAACCAAAGCAAUGCCAAUCCUUCGUCGCCGGAUUCUAGUCCGGGGGGUGAAAUUGUACCGUUGCAAGUCUCACAAGCGCCAUUGGAUACGCCCGAGACCAAAGUUUCGACUGCGUCCAGUGAGCCAAGUGCUGCUGAUGAGGAACAGCUCGGCGUUGAGAUGGUGGAAGUGGCCUUGGGACAUCCACGAAGAGAGUGCCAAGUCCCGUACUACAUCGGUGAGCAGACUGGGGGGCCUACAUCAACCAUGCAUAUAUGCACAACCGACCACCUCAUACCAAAGCAUCUCCUCAUGCCAGCAGCAAAGCAAACCAUCUUGACGGAAGAUGAAAAGACCUUUCUCCGCAGUAAAGGCGUCUAUUCGUUUUUAUCAGAGACAGCAAGUGAUAGUUUGAUCCGGGCCUACUUUCACAAUGUCCACCCAAUCAUGCCCAUCUUGGAAGCGGACAAGCUCCUGGAAUAUCAUCGCUCUAAACGACUGAAAGAGUAUAACCUUAUACUGCUGUGGGGUCUUUAUACCAUUUCCUCCAAUUACGUACCUGCAGAGAUAUACGAGAACGAAGGGUUUACAUCUCGAAAAGCGUUCAAAGCCGAGAUGUUUGCUCGUGCAGUCUGCGUGUAUAACAACGGCGGGGAGAAGAACAACCUCAUUCUUCUACAGGGGGCGCUACUACUAGGCUUCUGGAACUCGGAUAUAGAGGAUCACAUGCAGCCAUGGCAGUGGAGUGGCCGAGCUAUUAACCUGUGUCAUGUCCUCGGUCUCCACCGCGAUAUUGAUGCCAUCGGAUACAACACAUCCAUAUCCGAACGACAGCGUUCACUAUUUCGGAGACUAUGGUGGACGUGCUUCUGGAGAGACCGUUGGCUUUCCGUGUCGCUGGGCAGGCCUUUGCGGAUCAACCUCGACGAAUCUGACACUCCUGAUCCGCUGGUCUCGGAUAUUGCCGUGGACCUGGAGGGCAUACCAGAGUCUGUGACAUCAGCGUUUUUCCCCAGAGACCUGCCACGAUUGGCAGAAUAUUGGAUCCAGUUGAUACAAAUGACGAAGUUGCUGGGCAAGACUCUCAUGACAUGCUACCAGCUGCGACGGCCGAAACCCACAAUUAACCAGAUUGAUACUCUCGAGGCAGAGUUGAUGCGCUUUAAUAUGCCGGAACACCCAGAUCCGAUGUUAUCUCGAUUGGCGACAUUUUACUAUCACCAUUUGCAGCUACACUACCAGUUAGUACUUGUCCCCGUUGUCCUUUUCUCGCUUUACGAUUGGCUAACCGAUGGAUCAAGGGCCAUCUUAAUCACAUUUUAUCGACCUUGUAGUGUAGAGGCUCCUUCAGAUCUCCCUUCUUACCGUCAGAGAGAGUGGCAGCAGGAAAUGCAGGGAAAGGCAAUGUCUGCUGCCUCAAAGACUUGCAACAUUGUUUAUGCACUCGCCCAAGGCAACUUUUUCUCUUUUGCCGGACCAAUGACGCCAACGCUUCUGGUCCCGGCAAUGCAAGUCUACCUUCUCAACUGCAAAUUCGGCGACGCCCUUUCAAGGCGACUCGGCUUAAAUAUGCUAAACAUGUGCAUGAUGAUCUUGGAAGAGCUGCAAAAGACGUAUUCAGUCGCUUCCGUGUGCCGAGGUAUAUUCGGCAAGGCCAUCCAGCAGCUUUUCCCCGACGACGCUGCCAGUAUUUCUCUAACCCACUCUCUUCCCGAGCAAGACGUGACGCCAGUAGCGGAGCUGAUGCCCCCUCCGACUUCUAUCCCAGACACUCCUCUUCAGCUGGAGCUCUUUGGUGCCAAUGUCACCAAGGCUGAUUUUAUUGAUGCCCUUACAGCUGAGGCAUCCAUUUUCAGCUUUGUCGAUAUGUUGAACUUUACAUCAUGA